AUUUUAAAACUUAGUACAUUUCUUAGCCGUCCUUUGCAAAACAACAACGUGAAAUCACCAAAAUUUGCGUCAUCUGCGAACCAAAACUACAACGGCAAAUUAUUCUAAUUUCCAUCGGAACUCAACGCCACUUUUAUACGAUAUGUCGAGGUAGAGUUGUGGCGCUGUAUGAGGUGGUAAACACAUGCAGCCAUUUUCGAAAUUCUAACAGUAAAAGUAGAAAUUCAUUUUUUAAAUCAACAUCUUCCUAGGCGUGCCAUCCAGACUGCUCAAGGUCCCUAAUAACAGCUACAUGUAUUCGCAGCCCAUGAUAUGUGCUGCAAGGUAAUUGCGGUUACAUUUCAGGGACCACCUGGUUUCCUCAUGAAAACCCUCUCAAAAGCACGCGACGCUGUACAUAAUUGAUUAUUUCUUUAAACAAUUUCAUUGGAGUUCUGCACAAGUGCAGUGCUGACUAAUACUUACCUUAAACUAAUAUCGUGAUGUCUCUGAAUUUUAUAAGCUUCUAGCUUUCUCCACGCGUCAUUCAUAGAACGAGGAAUGAUGUUCAUAUUUUCACGUUUUCACGAGAAAUACUCGCGUUCAUAGAAUGUAAUGUAAAAUGUGAGUUUUUUGUCUGUGGGAUUAAUUACGAUAAUCUGUCUUGAGUUAUUUAUUCAUCACGGCAUACAGUUAAAUUUCAGCGUCUUGAAGGUGGUGUUACCUAUAGGCUUUGACUCAGGGUUUUCAUGCUCAAAGAACAAGGAAUGUACAAUUCCCUGACUUAGAUUAUUAUUCACAGCGUAUUAUUAUUCACAGCGUACAGCGUACCGACGAGGAAUGCACAGCACGCUGUCUUUGUUGUCACGGCGACCUCGUAGCCAGCACGUUCAAAUUGCUGCGCCAACUUGAAUGUAUGUGUCCAUUGAAUAAAUUUAAUUAUUUUUUAUUAAUUUUUUUUGGGGGUGUACCGCGUAACCGGCUACGUGGAAUUUACUUCGAAUGGCGGGGUAUACUGCGGUGGAGCCCUAGCAUUUUAGUUGUUGGCAAUUAUGUCGGUCAUUGUAAUGUGGCAACUUUCAGUAAUUAUUGAUAGAUUUCUUGUAAAUCACAAGUAAUGGUUUGUGUUAAAUGAAUAAAUAAAAUUAAAGUAACUUAAAAUGUUAUUGCGAAUCAGUACACUGAACAAGCCACUUCCUUAAAGUCGAUAAAAUAUAAGAUAUGCAUGGUUCGAUGGCCAUGGAUGUUAAAUUUUUGUGUGACUAUGAAGCUAGCGACCACAUCUGCAUUAACUGAUCGAGAGAGCUCCAAGCCUUCAUUCAAGAUGAGCCUUUUUUUUUCAUCAGAGAAUUCUUGACUUUCACCCACGUGACACCACACUUGAUAACGGUUGCUAUCCGCCAUUAGUGUGCCCCUCAAGCGUAAACAAACAAAGAGAUGCAUAGUACUUUUACUGAAUAUGGUUCAUUGUAUAGUGGUUGUAUGUACUUCUGAAAGCGGAAAAUUCGUCGUGGCUGUCAUAAAAUAUACAUAAUGAAUUGUAUACAUAAUGAAGUAGGUGUUUUCAUCGAAAUUUUGCCGAAACGUCAAACGAACGACGCUUCGCGUUUCAAAUAUUUCUGUAACUCUGUUUCGGUGGAAUCUGUGGACAGCAUGGCGACUUGCCCAAUCAUACAGGAACGUGAAGGGGAAUGGACCUCCAAUGAAAUGAUUGAAGUCCUGAGCUUUAGAAUUCCAGCUUUUUUCUUGUCUGGUUCUGAAAGCCCCCAGGUGCUGUGCGACUUCAUCACAAAUUUUCAGACGAAACCUGACGAUGUAUUUAUUGUCAGCUACCCCAAGUCAGGGACUACUUGGGUUCAAGAAAUUGUGUGGCAGAUUUACCACAAUGGCGAAAUCAGUAAAAAAGUCCUGGGAGAUCGCGUCUUGUUUAUAGAGAAAGCUUUAUUACCAGAAUCAACUCAUCUUGAUAUUACAACUAUGCCAAGCCCUCGUCUGUUCAAGAGCCACCUGCCCUAUGAUGCGAUCCCUAAGGGUACAGACGACGCCAAGACACCAUGUAAAUAUAUCUACGUCGCGCGCAACCCCAAGGAUGCUGCAGUCUCAAGCUAUAAAUUCAUGGCUAGCUUCGGCACAAACGGAAUGAAUGCUCCAUGGGAAUUUUAUGCGAAACUGUUUAUCGAGGGUAAAACAGUUUAUAACAAAUGGAAUGAUCAUGUUCUUAGUUGGUGGAAGCACAGACAUGAUCCCAACGUUCUUUUCCUUAAAUAUGAAGACCUGAAGAAGGAUCUUCAGUCCAACGUUCGCAUAAUUUCCGAAUUUCUCAACAAGUCGCUGUCAGAGGAAGUCAUUAAUCUUAUAACGGAACAGUGCACUUUCAAAGGAAUGAUGAAGAAUGUUCAAAGCUUCCUGUUGGGAGGCAAGGUAGAGGGACCAAAGUUUCUUCGCAAGGGUAUGGUCGGUAACUGGAAGGAACACUUCACCCCAGAGUUAGACGAGAGAUUUGAGAAGGAAGUAUUGGAAAAAUUGAAAGGAUCUGGAUUAGAGUUUGACUUUGAAUUGUGACAUACCAUUUUCUGCAAUGUUAUGUUCACUGUUUUGAAGAAAAUUGAUCGUUUUUGAAGUUUUUUAUUUAUUUAUAAAAACAUCAUCUGAGACUUGGAAAGCGAAGCUACUCGCACCAAUUAGUUGGUGCAGGUUAUAUUGCUUUAUUCGAUCAGAUUGCACUGGUUACAUUUCUCGCACCAGAUGCACUGGUUAUUGUUAAAUUAUUCCGGUUGCGGUUUUAUUAGGGUGUAGUUCAAACGAUAGUACACACGUUAAAUUUCCAAAAACUGCAUUUACUGCAGGAAUCCCUAAAGAACAAAAACACCUGCCUCGAGGACCUAGCCCCAGAGCAAAUGGGCAGAGACGUGAUAAAUCGGUUUGCUUUCGUUUGUACAGUCACAUGAUUGUCUUGGAUAUAUUGCUGAAACCAAUCAGAUUGUUUCGGGUUUAUUGCUGACAGCAACCACAUCGUGUGGGGUGCGUUUCUGGCAGCAAUCAGAUAUAUUAAUUUUUUUUGCUAGGACAAAUCAGACCACCUCAUUAGAGUUUGUUGCAUUUGUAAAGGCAACGUUUUUUAUUGUGUAGUGUGUUUUCUAUUGUGUAUUAAAACAAGACUAAAUUGUUGUCGCGGUUUUCUUGCA